AUGGUAGACCAGAAUCCAGUAGAGCCAACAGCAGACCAAAAUCCAGCAGAGGCAGCGGCAAACCAGAAUCCAAUGGAGCCAGAUCAAGUCAAAAAAGUGGAUGAAAAAAUCGAACAAAACAUAGAGAUCAUCAAGGAAUCAAGAAUUGGAAAAGCAAUUCCCAGAGAAUUGAAGAAUAUGAGACAAAAAGAUUUGCAUUUUAUCGCACUUCUAAUCAAAACCAUACUACUCAUACCAAUAUUCAUGUUUACUUUUGAUGAAGGAAAAUCUUUAGUCAUAGGCCACACGGCUAUCGUUUAUAUUCUCUAUGUUAGUAUAUUAGCAGAUAUAAUUGUCUCAUUCUCCAUAUUUUUCAAAUUCAUUAAUUUACCAGCAGUCGUUAGAAUUGGAGUGCCCGGGUUUAAGCUGCUUAUUUUGCUUAUUUUCUCAAUAAUACUUGCAAUUAGCCACGACAACAACAUAUUCUUUUAUUUUCUGGAACUCAUAUUUUAUCUUCUUUGCAUUUGGAUUGAGUUCCUACACUUCUUCUAUUCCGAAACUAAGGAGGAACAGCUUGCAACAGAGGCUGAGACUGACACUUCCAAAGUAGCUACAGAACAAGUUUAA